AUGGCUACCCCUAGUGUCCUAGCUUUUGACGCUGAGGGUCGCGCCAUUGAUUUUGAGGUCUGGUUAGACGACCUGCAGCUGUUCUUACAGUGCGAUAGGGCUGACGACCUUUCUCUCUUUGACCUCACCUCUGGCGCCUCUCCUGCUCCUGCUGCUGAUGCUGAUCCCGCUGUCCGCUCUAAGUGGGCCACCCGCGAUGCUGCUGCAGGUCUUGCUGUGCGUCGCCACCUCCCUACCUCUGAGCGUGCGCACUUUAGUCAGUACAAGAGUGCUCAGACCUUGUACGACGCUGUAGUUGCGCGCUACUCCUCCCCUGCCACUGCUGCACUGAGCCUGACACUCGCUACCGCGCCGCCCUUCCUGCUGAGUUCUGCGCUAAGAACCCCCCCCCCCAUGUACAUCGCUCUCUACUACGUAGUCGCGCGCCUCCCUGACUCCCUUCGCGUCGUCAGGGACCACUUUCUCGCAGUCUGUCCCACCACCCUCACCGUCGACCUCCUCGAGAAGGCCCUCCUCGCAGCGGAGAAGAGCAUAGUCGCUGUAGGUGCUUCUCGUGGUGACCCUCGCACCCCCAUCUUUGAGGGGUGCUCUCCUUCCCCCUUGCUGCCCUCUGUUGCCUCUGCUGCUGCUGCCGACCUGCUUGGUCUUGAGUCGGUCGGCGCGGCGUCUGCCCCUAGUGGGAGACGUCGCUCCAGCAAGGGCAAGGGGGGCAAGGGCGCGGGUGGAGCUGGAGUGGGGGUGGCGGCGGGACUAGUGGUGGAGGUGGUGGUGGUGGUGGUGGCAGCAGUGGCGGAGACGGUGGUGGUGGUGCCAGCGGUGGUGGUGGAGGCAGCGGCGGUGGUGGAGGCGGCGGGGGUGGAGGCGGUGGAGGCGGCAGCGGAGGAGGCGGUGGUGGUGGAGGAGGUGGAGCUGGUCGAGGUGGUACCCAGCAGCGUAGCGGCGGUGGUGGUGGCCAGCGCUCGCAGCGGCAGCAGCAGCAGCGCUCGCGGGACAUCCCUCCGCCUCAGCAGCUUCGUGAGUGGUACGCUGGGCGUCAGAGGGGUGGGGGUACUGGUCCCUGCACCUACGGCUGGUGUAGCGAUCUUUGAUCUUGAUUUUGAUGCUAUCCUUGCUGCUAUGUAUGUUGUGGAUUAUAGUGAGGAGAAUGAGGGUUACCGUUGUUUCCAGCCCGACCCGGGCAUUGGUACUGCUGCGCUAGGUGCUUGUGAGGCUGCUGCUCUAGGUGCCAGUGCGUCUGUGCUCUCAGGUACUGGUGAGACUGCGCUCUCAGGUACUGCGUCGUCCUCGUCCUCCCUCACUUUCACACUUGACUCCGGGGCUUCUCGCUCCUUCUUUCGAGACCGCACUACCCUUACGCCGCUCGGCCGACCGGUUGCGGUCUCCCUUGCUGACCCCUCUGGGGGUCCUGUCCUGUCUCACUUCUCCACUGUCCUCCCGUGUCCGGCUGCCCCUUCGGGCACCCUGUCUGGUCUGUACCUUCCCUCGUUCUCUACGAACUUGGUGAGUGGAGCGGACCUGCAGGAUGUGGGGGUUCACCAGUUCACUCCUGCGAGUCAGCGGGUGACCCACUGCACGGAGGCACGCACAGGCCGACACCUGGCCACGUUCUCGCGUGGCUGCGUCGGGUCAGGUGCUUGCUGCUGCGUCCCGGUCAGGUCCUGA